UGGUGCGCGGCUUUCACCCACGCGGAUACCUCCGUGCGGGGGGGGUUUUGAUGCCACCCCUUCCGCCAGAAGAGGGGGGGAGGCAAAAGUUUCCCCACACUCGCGGAGAGCAUAUUUCCCUACAGUCACCUCGCUUACUUCCGACGAAUAGAGCUGAUCACCGUGUGGUCGGUGGGGGCUGUUAUCUGAGGCGUAUCGCAGUCCGAGUCUUUAUCGUUGACCGACUCGGAUUCCAUGGCUCCCAAUGUUUACUUUCGUCCUAGUGCUCCACUAGCAACGGCACAGCUGCUAGUAGUGCUACUAGCGCUCCCCUUUCCGUUCGUUACAAUCACCAACGCGUCAUCCCCACUGUUCUCUCUCGUCUCCUCUCUUGACUCCCUUAUAAGGAGUCGGCUUGUAGACCGUAUUACCGCUCUCUCCGGCCCCUCGGCGAGUCACCUCCAGGGUGUUGCUAGCAGGCGCCGCCUAGCUGGCAUCACGCAAUUGGUCGAGAGGGUCGAGCCGCAGUUGAGUCAGCAGUCGCCACUCCCCCUCGGCGUUGGCAACGCCGUGGGUCGUGCCGCGCUCUACGUUGACGAUGGCAUGAUGGCCGUCGGCGGCGCAGCCGGAAACGCCGUUGAAAAUGCCGCCAUUGACCCUGCCGCAGGUGAUGGGAUCUUGCUCUCAGGCGCCUCGGCGGAGGGUGACUCACCUCUGGAGGGAAACAGCCUCCUUCCGCUCGAUGCGGAGCUGGUAACCGACGUUUCGCCUGCCGCAAAACAGCAGGUGUUACAACGGCAGCAGCAGCAGGCGUCACAUCGCAGCGGCAAUCCCGAGGAGCGCACGAGCUGCUCUAUGGACCGCGGCUCGUGGCAGGUGGAUGGCACGUGGCCGCUGUACGACGCCACGUGUCCUUUCAUCUACCCGAAUCAGAACUGUGUCAAGAACGGCCGGCCGGACCGCUUUUUCGAACGACUCCGAUGGACAACGCCCGGCUGCCCGCUCCCCACGCUGAAUAGAGACACCCUCUGCAGCCUCGUCGCGGGGAAAAACAUCGCCUUUGUCGGCGACUCGAUGACCCGCAACACGUUCGAGUCGCUGGCGUGCCUCAUGUAUGGAUUCUACGGAAUGCCGGAAAAGCUGGGUGGAUUCAGCAUGGCGAACGGGUUCGAGCGAGGGGCUGUGUGGGCGGCGUGUAAUUUCACCCUGGCGUUCUACCGGACCAACUUCCUGGUGGAUAUGACGCUGGACGACCCCCACAAGCCCAAUGGCGGCGGCGUGAUGGACUUGAACAAGCCGGAAUUGAUCUGGCGGCGGCGACUGCAGCAGCAUGAUAUAUUCGUUAUAAACACAGGUCGUUGGUGGAACGAAAAUAAGCUCCAAGGCUUGGGCUUCCGCUUUGCGCCACCGCACCAGGGACUAUCUGUGGUAGAGGGGUUUGAGAAGGCGUGGGAGAUGACCCUCGGCGUCUUUAAGAGCGAAAGAAUGCAGGGCAAGGUGCUGGUUGUGUCUACUAAUGCAGCUGCUCACUUCACGGGAGAGGGCUUUACAGGGGAAUGUCCCGAUACCGUUCCGAUGAGCGCCUCUGGAUUCCUGAAUUAUAAGGGUAAAGGAAACUGCCUGAAGAUGGAUGGUCUUAAUGGGGUGAUGAGGAGGCUUGUAGUGAGGAUGCAUGGGCAGGAGAGGGCUGAAGGGAGAGUGGGAGGGGCGCGUGUGAUGCUGCUGGAUCAGGCUCGGCCAGCCAUGGUUAGAAGCGAUGGGCAUCCGGGCAAGUGGGCGCUGCUGCCCAGUGGAAAGCAAGACUGCGGACACUAUUGCCUGCCCGGAGUGCCGGAUUCGUGGAAUGAGAUGAUGCUUCAGCGGCUGUGGUUAUUGAGGGAGGGGCAGCGGGAGUAGGGGAGGGUGUCAGAAUAGGGUCAAUAGUGGAUCAAUGAGAAAUUUGUUUAUCCAUCGUACAUAAGGGGAUGGUUUAUCCAUGACUAUGUCAUACCUUUUAUCAGCUUUUAGGAUAGAGUACCAUCCCAAACCUCAGAUACAAUCGGAGCCUUCAUGGCUUUACCCCUGUCGAA